CAAAGUAGAACCUAAGGAAAACGGGUACGCCUAAGAGCAAAACAAAAACGGAUGGGGCAGAAAAAACCAGCUCGGAUAAAGAAAAACAAUUAGUAAUAUACAAUUUUGGACACGAAGAUGUACAAAAAAAUACUCCCCAUACUCCGACAAAGGCAUAAAAUUACGGUCAAUACACUUUGGAGAAUAGCCAUAGCCUCUUUCCUGAUAGUGCUUUUACUUAGUAUUCUGCUGUUUUAUGUCGCUCUACUGUGUGGUGACUUCUUAACCAGAGACAUACGUUCCGACGCGUGUGAAGCUUAUGCAGAUCAGAUAUAUAGCGAACCUUACUGUGAAGAACUCUGCAGUGGUAAGGACACACUGCAAAAUGUCAAAUGCGUUUAUGAGUCUCCACAUGCAGUCACCGCGGAGCGAAAUGGACAUCUUAUCGCUAUACAUUAUCCGGAUGAACCAAGCAAAAGCCUGUCAUGGCGAAGCAGUGGGUUGACACUGGACUAUCCAAAAAAAUCGGAAUUUUACAAUAUUCUUAAACUGCAUCUUUUGAUCAAUUACAAUGUCACACUGAAAGAUAAAAAGUCCAUAUUCCCAUACACCGAAGCUAUCGAUGAAAAUAAAUACAAAGAAAUGGAAGCAUACUGGAUGCUUUUCAAUUGGAAUGAUUAUGUAAUGUUUAAACUGUUUGAGGACGAAGAAAUAUUUCCAAAAAUACUGGGUAAUUGUGGACCAUUUUUCAUAUCGGAGCGUUUGACUGUAAGAGAAAAUAACCGGAACUAUGAAGCACUCAAAAAACGACGGUAUUUCGUGAAAUUCUUGGAGUACGUUCUGCGUUUGGAGGCAAUGAAACCGGAUCCAUUGAAAAUCUGUAACAUGAAAUUAAACAAUUUCGGCUUAACAAAGGAUUUAAGACUCAAAGCACAUAACGCCAAAUUCAUUAAAUUGGAGAGCCAACUGAACAAACAGCUAGCGAAUGGUGACGAUUGUACAACGGAUGAAGAUUGCAAAUGGCAUGAUUGCCUCGGUGUAUGCGAUCAGGAGAAGCGCAUCUGCAAUGCAGCGCAAAAGAAUAACAAUUUAAAGUUGCUCUGCGAUUAUGUUCGCGUGCACCCGACAGCUUUUCCCGAGUUGCUGGCAAAACCGUUGCAAAUCGAUUGGCAGCUAUAUGCGCAGCAUUGCUGGCAAUGGAAUGGCACAAAAGCGGAAGAUUUUGCAAACCGAGCAAACGGAAGAAGUGGAAAUGUAGUAGAAAAAAGUAGUAGUUUUUCUUAAGUAGUAUUUUUUUAUAUAUAUAUACUCGUAUUAUAUAUAAAAGUAAAACGUAAUUGCAGCCAAACGUACAAAUUACAUUUAUACAUA